GCAGAUGGCGCUGUUGAGCAUAUAUUUUGUUUCAGUCCCGUUUCCCUCCAUGGUUUCCCCUCUCUCCGACUAACUUAGCGUUUGGCUCAGUUCAUUAUACAGUCCUAUAUUCUCCCUCCAUUAGGGCAUCUCUGCCUUUGGAUUCAGAUCCCAGCAAAACCCCAGAGAGAAAAGUUUCACUUUCAUAGGGCGCGAUGGACAUGAAGAAGAGGAUCCACUUGGAGCUAAGAAACAGGACACCGUCUGAUGUACGAGAACUCGUCCUCGACAAUUGCCGGUCAGUUGAAGGAAAAAUGGAAGGCCUCACAGCUGAGUUUGUCAACCUGGAGUUCCUCAGUUUGAUAAAUGUCGGCUUAAUCACAGUCUCCAAUCUGCCUAAACUAGGAAAACUGAAAAAGCUGGAGUUGAGCGACAACAGAAUCAGUGGCGGCCUUGAUGUUUUAGCAGAAAAACUUCCCAACCUCACACAUUUAAACCUGAGUGGCAACAAAUUGAAAGACAUCAGCACAUUGGAACCAUUGAAAAAACUGGACAACCUGAAGAGUUUGGACCUGUUUAACUGUGAAGUGACAAACCUCAACGACUACAGAGAGAGCGUGUUCAAGCUGCUGCCCCAGCUCACCUACUUGGAUGGCUACGACAUGGAGGACAGGGAAGCGUCCGACUCAGACGGGGAGGUGGACGGGGACGGCGUCGACGACGACGAAGACGAAGAAGGAGAGGAGGAGGAGGAUGAGGAGGGAGAGGAGGAGGACUUCGAUGAGGAGGAGGAUGAGGAGGAAGAUGAAGAAGAGGUAGAAGGAGAAGAGGAUGAUGAAGAAGUCAGCGGUGAAGACGAGGAGGAAGACUUUGGUCAGGAUGGAGAAGUAGAUGAAGAAGAUGACGAUGAAGACGAAGAUGAAGAUGCAGAAGCCGGCAAAGGCGAGAAGAGAAAGCGAGAUCCGGAGGAUGAAGACGAAGACGAGGAUGACGAGGACGACGAUUAAGAGCUAACCUGAAGAAAAAAAGAGCCUACCGAGUUACCCCCCCCCCACUCCCCUCACAAACCCGAACGUCCGCCCUCCUACGACUCACACCGCCUUUGUAACCCACGUCUACCCUCCCCAGCUCUGAGCUCUUUUUACGGGGCGAGACUGUACCGAUGGGUGGGCCGAGCGGAGCUGCCCCCCUCCCUCAAACCCUUCUUAAUUUUUUUUCCACCGCCACCACCAACACAGAUGGAACUGAGAGCCACCCAACACCCUCCACCUCACCCCCACGGCCCCCGAGGUUCUCAGGCAGCCCACCACUCAGCAUUCCACAAUUUCACUGUCGAUCCCUCUUUAUGUACUCCCGUGUGAGGACUUUGGGACUGGUAUCUAGUUUUGGGUCUGUGCUUUGAAUAUUUUGUUGGAUGAAUUAUUUUCUGUUGUUGGGUUUAUUAUUUCUCCUUUUUUUUUGUCUUUUUUUUUUUCUGUUCCUUAUUUUUUCCCAAUAAAAUUAUUGCUAUAGCAGCUGUGCAACCAGCGAGCCAUGGUUUUUAGUGUGGCCGCCUGUUGCACAAAUCAAGGUUGUAGCUACAUUUUUACUUUCUGUAUGACAAAAAAAAAAAACAACAACUUUGUAAAUAAAAUGUUAACAUUUU